GACGUUGAAGGAACUUCACGAAAGAGAAGAAAGCGAAAGAAGCACAAAGAACACCGGAGAGAUAAAGGUACGCUGAAAGUCAUGGCGUUAAUCAGUUUAGAUCAAUGGUUUGUAACAAACGUUUCUACAAUUUUGUGCCUUGCCAGAAACUCGCUGUUAAUCAGCUGAAAAACAGUUGUUGAAGGACCGAAGAGCGGCCAAUUAAGUGUAGCCGCAUCACAAGUGAACUUCUGAUUGAGUGGAAGUCUGUGACUUUAUUUAGUACACUAUAGCUAUAGCUGUUUAUUAACAGGUCUUGAAGUGGUGAACGUAAAUUUAAAUCCUUUCUCUUUGUCAUAGUAAAAGAGUAGUUUAGAAUGUUUGGACAAUCAAUCAAAAUCAUUACCCGUUUUUCGGGUAGUGACGUCACUGGACAGCAUUAGAAAGCCAUGAACACAAAAUUAAAUUCUUUCGGUUGUCCUGUUUUGUAUGCAUGUAGGCGGCGAAGAAUCUACGAGGAAGGGAAAGACAAGAAAAAAGCAUAAAGAGGGUCGGGUGACAGAACAAGGUAUGGUGAAAGUCAUAAGUUCAUGUAAACCAAUGAUGUAUGUCGAUAAUUCCAAACCUAAUGGCCCCUCGAAAGUAACGAUUAUUUUCUGUCUUUCACAUGAAACAUCGAAUGCAACAGUCCCACGAGACUAGCGAUUCUCCCGAAAAUUGCGCCCCUUUCACACAUACCCUCUCAAGAACAGAGGAAUGCAAUGUGUCUUAUAUAGGGGACCUUACUAAGAUACAUCGUUUCCGUGCACAGAGACGGCGGGAAAAUGACCCGGACAAAGGGCAAAGCCACUGGGUAGAACGAUGACGGCAUCUAGGAAAUCGUGGCCUCCUCUUUUAUAACUACGUGGCAAACAUGUUGGCUUAUCCGAACCCGUUAUUAGUCCCAAUAACCCCUUUACUUACUGCUGUAGAACUAUAUAAGCAGUGAAUACGGAAUGAAUUAAAUGUUAUAUUUAGUUAAAACUUCAAAUCGUAAUGCCUACUUUCGCAGUUUAUUUUCACAAAUAUGGAUACAUUCUCUUGACAAAUAGAACCCUCUAAAAACACGUUUCUAGUGUCAUUCUACGAAUAAAUUGCCCUCAGCUGGAUCAGACUACAAAGAAACUCGGGAAUGAAAAUACUUAAUACAUAAAUAUUUAAAAAAAAAAAGGUCAUGACGCCAAACGCGUUUUGCCUUUCCCAGUUAACCGUGAAAUCAUCUCUUCGUGUAAACGAUUGCUAGACUACAAAUAACCCCAACGCUUUUAAAAUAUCCGAAAGUAGCCCCUACCCGAAAGGAAAGACCUCUUUUAUCUGCUCAACCUCUCCCGUUACUUUCCAAGUUGUACGAUAACAGCUUAUUUUGUUCCAUGAAACCCGAUAUCAACAAUAUCAAGCAGCUAAAACAGAUUUGUUUAAAGACCUCUGAGAAAGGCAAAUAUGCGUGGCUGUAGCACAGGCCUAAGAGCCUCUGAUGGAGUAAAAGUCUGUGUCUUUAUCACAGUAGCCUCUUAUGAGCAAGUCUCUAGAAGUUAUGUACAUUAAAUGAAAACUUUUCGGUUGUUCUUUUGUACAUUUAGGUCACGAAGAAUCUGCACGGAAGAGAAAGAAAAGAAAGCAGCAUAAAGCGCAUCGGGUGACUGAAGGUAGGCUAAAAGUCAGCGUCAUGUAAAUCAAUAGUUCAUACUGAACAACCUAGAAAAUACUUCACAACAAUAUAAACAGAACGUAACCUUACUUUGUUCCGUGAAACUCGGUAUCAAAGCAAACAUACGGUAUUUUGUUUUAAUUUGAAAUUUAAUUUGAUUGAUUGAGCAUCUGUGCCUGGUUUUAUAACAUCUGUUUGUAACAGGUCUUAGGAAGUGAUGAACUGAAUCCUGAAAUUAAAUGUUUGUUUAUUUUUCAUAUGAAGGUGACGAAGAACCUCGUCGAAAGAGAAGCAAAAGAGAAUAGGAUAAAGACAGCGGAUGACCGAAGCAGAAGGUUCGCUGAAUGUCAUAAUCAUUUACCGUAUUUACUCGAAUAAGCGCGGCGGUGCUUAUAAAAAUUUUAACGCCUCAAAGGCGGCGCUUAUUUGAUGGCGGCGUUUAUUUGAAAGUUGGACGCGACAAAGCAUUAUUUUAACUAUGGUAUUAUUAUUUUCCGUAUUAAUUUAUUACAGAAUUAACAUCUUUUGAUUUUGAUUGUAUCAGGGCCGCGGCACUUAUUGCCAGAAUGCGGCGCUUAUUUGAGGAAAGACGGUAUUUAAAUUCAAUCGAUUUGAUUUCAUGUACCAGUACAAUUGUAUCUAUAUUACCUCAAGCAACAGUUGUUUAGUGAAAGAGUAGAAAAAAAAAUACUCGCGGGUAAUCGGCUGCUAUAACCACAUGCACUCACUCAAGUUUUCUUUUUUUCUGCUUUUGUUACCACUCUAAGAAAUUUAUGGAGUUAAUUUGGCGAUUAACGCCCAGGUUGAUUGAGUACCCAUGAGACACUAGCGAGCCCCAGUAACAGUUUCCGCGUUACAACCAUUUUCAUUUAUGUAGUAAACCUAACCCACAGUUAUAAAUAAACAAACUACAAACUGGUUCCUUGCGAUGCACCUUGGUAUGUUGUGUAAGAUUUUCCAAGGAGACAUUUUCCCGUGUUAACUUUAGCGGUCAAUGAAUGGACUUUUUAUGACAUAUUGCAUGAGUUCUUCAAAUAAUUGCAAAACUAAACCGCACCGUAUUGAGGGAGCAGUAUACUUAAAGGCCAUGAGUAUGUAAUUAGUGUUUCGCGCUGCACUAUAAUGUCACAUGGGGUGAUCCUAAUUUGUAGCUUUAUUUCACUGCAGAUGGUCCGGUUUUAGCGGAAGCUCCUAUAAUUCCUAUAGAGUGCAUUGAUCCAGCCACGGUCUGGCACCGUUCGAUGAAAACCUCCCUCUUAAUUCAUGGUUUUCGGGGAUCGUCACUGUUUGGCUGGGGAAUUGUAACAGUGGUUCUGUUACGUUCUUAG